AUGGCAACCUUCGACGAAACCUUUAAUCCAGCAGCGCUCGCACGAUCUGAUACUCUCACUUCUACGACGAAAGCCCCUCCGGCGUCUGCGACCAAACAGGCCAAAGCGACGCAAAGUUAUCCUCGGAUCGACCUUGAACCUCUGUACACUGAAUUAAAAUCUUUGAUCGGGCAUAACUGGGAAACUUAUUACGAUGGAUUGACACGGUUUAUUCGGGGAGAACUGAGUGCAAGAGAGUUCGGUGACCUUUGCGAUGUCUUUAUCUACGCCUCUCCGCAAACAGAACAUGCACACAACUCCCUGAUCCUCGCGAUUCUAUGCAAUACAGGCAAAGAUGCUCCCGAGCCCGGCCUCGCCGCAUGGGUGAGUGCGACAACAGACAAAUCAGCGUUGGCGGCAUCUUCGAAGCCGGCCGUCACGAGCGAUGCAGGAGAACAACGUCUCAAGGCCGAGGUUAUGGCGCUCCCUCCUCGAGACAGACGACGACUUAAGAAUGUUGCAAAUGACAAGGCGGAUGAGGAGGCAGCAACACGGAAAAAUAUCUAUGAAGAGUACUACCAGGCUGGUCGAAUCAAAGCGCCAGAAACCGCGAGUGGAAGUGCAGGGGGAUUGACAAAGACAAACUGGGACUUGGAAAUCAGAAAGAGAUAUCUACAGCCAUUGUUCUCCGAAACCCUCGAGUUUCCCGAGCCACCGGCCAUUCAUGCUCGGAUAGUUCCCAUAUGCUACGAAGAAUCCAUAGCCUCGGGCUGCUCGAUGCAGUGCGCCGAGCUGGUAGGAACAUCUGCCGAGAUUUUCCUAAAGGGAGUUCUUAGUGAAGUCUUCAAUCGGACCCGAUCGAACGGACCGCGUUACGAGCACAACGCAGGAGGUGGGGUUUUAACAUCGUCAUACAAGAAGAGAAUCGCUCGGGAGGAAGCCGAGAUCAAGAUCGGCAAACUUCAGAGAACUCGGGACGACGACCUGUUACCCUGUGAAGCUCAGGAAGCGUAUGCGCGACGACCUAUCGGGAUGACCGACCUCCAACUUACAACCCAAGUUGGACCGUCGCCCUGGAAUGGAAUGCCAUUUAUUGGAAUGACAGUGAGCACGGCCUCGGCCGGAUUUGACUAUGAGGAAUGGCAGUCUAGACAAGAACAAGUUACCAGCAACGGACAUGUCGACCCGAAAGAGGAUCACAUGGACGUUGACAACACUGACAACUGCGGCUGGGAGGGUGCCAGACCCCAAGAUAAAGCAGGUCUUCAGGCUGUUCUGGCGGAUUGUCUGGCCAUCCGUGUGUAG